AUGAAACGUACCCGACACACGUACGCGAGCUCACGUACCGACAUGAAAGCAAUAAACUCUGUAAUGCGGUACACAAUUAUGACACAUGGCCGGCUAAAUUGGUGGCUUGCAGCUCCGACUCAAGGAAAACUGUUUAUUUCGAGUAAAUUAGAGAUGAUACUGACACAAUUCCAGCCAGCCCUAGAGAUGUACUCCUACCGCGUAUACAUGACGUAUUCAGCAACUUUAAUGGCGAGGCGUCCUUCCCAGCGCCUCACUCCUCGCCUAUUGAAUCCUCCUUUAUGCGCAUUAAUGACCCUCGCCACUCUUGGGUUUGUUUCAAGGACCGAAUUUGUUUCUAAGCGUUUCUUUGACUUGAUUGAGGACAUUUUUUGUAAGGAAUUAAAAUUUUCGAAGCAAAAGCCCGAGGGCGGCGCACUGCGAGCCUCCGCCAUGUUGGCGGAUGUUCUGGAAACGCGGGAAGCGUUACCAGCUUCCGCGCCGACGCACUUCCGGCCUGCACUCGUUAUUACCAGCUGGUCCAAGGGCGAAGGGUUAUUGCUGUCAUUUAGUCUUUCAGAUGACUUUAAUGUGUUGGACUUGACGGCGUCAAGUUUCCGCUCGACGUGUGAAAUAACAAGUAGCUGCGGAGCUAUUACACUCACCUUCGCUUCCAGCGAAUGA